CAAAGGGCGGAAAACCCACUGACACUCAAACACUCUUGACCCACAAGCACCACCAAACAUUCAGAUGUGGCUGACAUGAAGCUUUCUCUUGCUGCACUCACCAUUGCACUUAGUUGCAUUUAUUGGAAGGUCUCUGGGACACUCAUGGAGGUAGUGGUCAGACCUGGAGAUAAAGCAAUGCUGCAUUGUGACCGUGAGAUUGUGGAUGGACACGACCUCCGCUGGGUCAAGAUCUGCUCUUUACAAAUCCAACCACCACUGAUUGUUUCUGCACAUGAUACCAUUACACUCCCCAUUCCUCGAUUCUCACUGCUCCCGAACAAAACUACAAACUCUGUUGACUUGAUGAUAGAGAAUGUCACCGAAGCAGACCUUGGAUUGUACUAUUGCUCAGUGGUAGAGAAAAAGAUGAUCGAACAUAACAAAGUAGCAUUGCAAACGGAUGUGUAUCAUAUUAGUAAUACUCUUUUUAAGCUUACCUAUGCAGGUCCGAAUAAGUCCGAAAGUUUAUCUGAAACUCAACAUGUCACAGUCAAUUGCUGUUGGCAAUACUGGCUGAUCCUGCUGACGGUGUGUCCAGCUUGUUCUCUUCUCUCAGUUUCUCUGGGUUUUCUUUGUGGUACAAGAUGUUAUUACAGAAAAGGGCUCAAUGAGUCUAGAGGUUCUUUAAGCACUUCUGAGGUCCAAAGGCAGGAACAGACCCAGGAACAGGAUGAUAUUGAAGAGGUUUGCUAUACAUCACUGAAUAUGCCCAGACGAGGAAGCAAACCAAAGAGAAGCAAGCGAAUGCCAAGUGAUGACUUCAGUGUGUACAACGAUAUUAAAAUAUCCUAAUAAGUGAUAAAUGACACUGAUGUAUAAAAAUAAUAGCAUUCAUGGUGAUAUAAGACUGAUUAACUUGUUGAGGUGCAGUAAUGCAUUCACUUAUUACAUGGCUACUCUGUGCACAUGGCCAAAAUAUGUAUUUGAAUUUAAAUAUUUUAUGUGAGAAAAUGAGACUGCAAGUGAUAGACAUGUAUAGCUAUACUGUACUUUUUGAAUGAAACAAUAAUCUCUAAAAAUGUCUGGGUUAUUUUUGACCCAUAAUGGGUAAAUAUAAGAACACACCCAAUGAUAAAAUGAACACAAUGCUGGGUUGUUUUUACCCAACUGCUUGGUUAUUAUACUCCAUGGUUGCAUAACAACAACAACAACCCAACAUUGGGUCUUUUUUAACACAGCAUGUGUUCUGUCCAAUAUUUAACCAUGGGUCAAAAAUAACCCAGACAUUUUUUGAGUGUAGACAAUUUGCUGGUAUUUAUAUAAAAAUAUUUGUCUGCAAAAUGUUGUGAUUGACCAGGGUCUUAAUAAUAAUAGUAAUAAUAAUAUGUAUGUUGCUUGAUGUUUCUAUUAGUCACAUUAGACUCAUUCAUAUACAGUAGUUUACUGUGAUGAGAUAAGAAGUCAAAUAUGUAUAAAUAUUUUAUUUGUCCAAAUUAUUUCAAUUAUUCAGAUCGAUGGAAUUGAACAUACCAACAGCUUAUAACCUGAAUCAGAUCAGUAGGUCGUAUCCUGUUUCAUGUGAACCAAAGUUGUUGGUGGAAACAAAGUGUUGUUUUUAAAUGGAGCGGAAACAAAGAUGCAGUAUGUGAGAUACCUUGAGGACUUUGAUUCUCACAGAAGUCCAUCUGCAUUAAAAACUAUAAAGUUAUUUUACUUCACACACAGUUAAGUAAACAAGUAAAUAUUUUUUCUCUAUUGUGAAUUUCUUUGUUAACUUAC